AUGUUUUCUAUAAUACUUCAAAAGGAUCUUGAUUAAAUUCCCUGUUAAUUUAAUCACAAAUUUCCUGUUCAAUUUUAUGUUUAAGAUGUUACUAAAGAUGUAAAAACUAUUUUCUUAUGCCAAUAAUGUUUGACUAUGUAGACUUUACCUUAAAAUGCAAAACCAUUUGAUAAAGCAAAGGGUAAGAUGUUAUAACAAAAGCAAUAAUCACUUGAAUUAGGGAAAAUGUUAAUUCAGAAAUAAGUAUAAUAAAUCGAACAAUUAGCAUACGAAAUUGAUAAUUACAAAACUUUUAUUAUGUAAUAGAUUGAUUCAUCAAAAUAAGAUAUAAAAUUAUGGAGAUAAUAAUUAGAGUCUUUCUAUGUGCAGGAAAAGGCAUUCAAUUUUGAUAUAGAAGUGAAAUCAUUACAUUUGAGUCAAGAAGAAUAUCAAUUAAAAGAGCAUAUCAGACUAGUUGAAAGUAUUCUUAAUUUCAAUUAAUCUUAUUAUCAAAAAAUAAAUGAGAAAUUACAUAAAUUCUUUGAUUUAGAUUAAUUUUAGAAGUUAUAAACAAAACUUGAUUAUAGUAUCAAUAAAUCUGAAUUAAACAAUCUACUUAAAGACUAAGAAAUAUUUCAAUUACAUCAAAGUUUAAUGAUUCAAAAAUUUCCAAAUAAAUGGUUUUUAAGAGGAAAUUUUGAUGAUAUGGAAGAAAAUAUUACAUAUCAUAUUUUGAAUUGGAGAACUUAUCGUUAAAAUACUGAAGAAAUUGCAAUAUUUUAUGAUGAUAUGGAUUGUAACCAAAAAUUUCUCUCAGAAAUGUUUCCCAAUUUUUAUAAGAGUCAAUUUCAUUACAAUAGUGUAAGAUUAACUCCAUAAGAAAGAAAUGAAAUGAUAAAUGAUGAAUAAGUAAUCCUUAAUCAAUCAGUUAUAGGUGGCUAAAUAAUUAGUUGAAAACUUUUAAAUGUAUCUGUGUUAUUCAGGACUAUAAUUGUUUGAAAAUAAAAUAAAAAUUCAAAAUAUAUUGCAACUUUAAAAAUUUCAGAAUAUUAAGAAUGUGUAAGGUUUGCAAAGAGUAAUAUCUUCUUUAAGUGUUUUGAAUUAGCGUUAAAAUGCAUUAUUACUUUUGAAAUUUUUAAAGGAAAUUGAUUUCUAUUAUAAUGAAAUAUUUAUCAAUUAUGAUUUGUUAAAAGAGGAAGGAAAUUAAUAUGCAUUUAGUUUUCAAUAAGUAAAAGAAUAUUUUGUUCAAUCAGACUUGUUAGAUGAAAAAUGGGUAACACAUAAAAUUUUAACAAAUCAAAUUUUGGAUGUUUGA